AUGGUAGAAAAGGUCACUGACUUUUUCAAAGGAUGGAAAAACAAACGGAUUACAUCAACAUCGUAUUAUCACGUAGCUAAUGGACAAGCAGAGUCAACAAAUAAAAUUAUUAUCAAUAAUAUAAAGAAACGUUUGGAAGAAUCAAAAGACAGGUGGCCUGAAGUGCUACUUGGGGUGUUAUGGUCCUAUAGGACAACGACAAAAAUAAGCACGGGAGAAACUCCAUUUUCAUUUGUUUAUGGUAUUGAGGCACUAAUUCUAGUGGAAAUAGGAGAACCAAGCCUGAGGUUUGAACAUACAAAUGAAUUAUCCAAUGAAGAAGAACUUCGUACAAAUUUGGAUUUGAUAGAAGAACGAAGGGAAGCAUCUUUGAUACAGAUGGCAACACAAAAGCAAAGGAUUGAGCGACAUUACAACAAAAGGGCGUAUCUUCGAUAUUUAAAGAUUCGGGACUUUGUCCUUAAGAAGGUGUUUUAG